AUAUGAGCUUACAAUCACUGAAGACAAUCACCACCGAUGAGAACAAAUGCUCAGCCGAUGGACACAAGUCUUAUAAAUUGGAGAUCGUUUGGCGUAAUAUUAUAUUAAUGACAUUACUUCAUACCAGUGCUUUGUAUGGGAUAUGGAUUACAUUGAUGAGUGCCAAAUGGCAGACCAUAUAUGCCAUGUUUUUCUUCGGUCUCGCAUCUGCUCUGGGAGUGUUGGCCGGUGCUCACCGUUUAUGGUCGCAUCGGGCAUAUAAAGCCAAAUGGCCAUUAAGGUUAAUAUUAGCAUUUUUGGAGACAAUGGCCCUUCAAAAUGAUAUCUACGAGUGGUGUCGGGAUCAUAGAGUUCAUCACAAAUUCUCGGAAACGGACGCCGAUCCGCACAACUCUAACCGAGGCUUCUUUUUCGCGCACAUGGGUUGGCUGUUGUGUCGCAAACAUCCGGAAGUCAUCAGCAAAGGGAAAGCCAUAGAAAUGAACGAUAUUUGGGACGACCCUAUCGUGCGAUUUCAGCGAAGAUUUUAUAUACCUCUACUCAUCAUUAUAUGGGCAUUCAUUCCUACAUAUAUACCAUACAAAUUAUGGGCAGAAUCUUUGUGGAACUCCUUCUUCACGUGUGUGGCCCUUCGCUAUGUAUACGUCUUACACAAUUCAUGGCUCGUCAAUUCGGCGGCACAUUUAUACGGCAACCGACCAUAUGAUAAAAAUAUAGAGUCCCGAGAAAACCAAGCCGUCCAGUACUUGGCUCAUGGAGAAGGAUAUCACAACUAUCACCAUACGUUUCCAUGGGACUAUUCUGCAUCAGAGUUGGGAUGGAAAGACAACUUCAAUACGGCCACACUUUUCAUUGACUUUUUCAGUUGGAUUGGAUGGGCUUAUGAUCUAAAAAAAGUUCCACAAGAUGUUGUUAUUAAGAGACAGAUUAGAACAGGAGAUCCCAAUUUCAAGAGAUGGUCAACACUUAAAGAUUAUUGCAUUGGCUUUACAGUCACUUUUUUGCCAAUUUAUUUAGCAUUUUUAGGCCGAGCAGUGGCCACACCUUUAAUAUUAUAUCUAUUCUUUUAA